CUGUCAAAAAGGGUCAACAGGAACAACGACAAAAAAAAAUUCUCGUGGACCGAUUUCUUCUUGCCUCCCCCCCUCUUCCCCUCUGUCUCCAUCCCCAACCCAACCCCCACAUUCCGCCGCCGGCCGUCCGUUUGGGUAGAGAGGGGAGGAGGAAGGACGAUGACUUUCCUCGGAGGGUCCGCCGGUUCCAACCUCCAACGCUUUCUCGAUCGAACCACGCCUGUCGUCCCGUCGCGCUCCCUCCCAAAGUCGUGUCUCGAAGACCUGAACCAGCUGUGGCACCCGUGGGACUACGACACCGUCGAGUACUUCGGGCUGCAAGAUCUCUGGGAUUGCUACGACGAGUGGAGCGCCUACGGUGCCGGCACUCCCAUCGCCCUCGACGGCGGCGAGAUGCUCGUCCAGUACUACGUCCCUUACCUCUCCGCCAUCCAAAUCUAUACUAGUGCUUCAUCCCUGUCCAACAUCAGGAACCGUAAGGAAGAAAGAGAAACCGGUGUCCCGGAGAUGAGGGAGUUCGGUAAUUCUUGCUGUGAUGAUGGUAAGUGCGACGAGCUAUGGAGAUCCAGUGGUAGCUCGUCCGAGGACUGCGAUUUCUAUCAGGACAACUUGUGGCAUUUGCGGGAUAGGUUGGGCUAUCUCUACUUCCGGUACUUUGAGACGUCUGCACCAUAUGGAAGGGUGCCUCUCAAGGAUAAGAUUAGUGAAUUGGCCCAGGAAUUCCCAGGAUUGUCGACUCUGAGGAGUGUGGAUCUAUCACCGGCUAGCUGGAUGGCAGUGGCCUGGUACCCAAUUUAUCACAUUCCCUUACGCAGAACUGUGAAGGAUUUGUCGGCAUGCUUCCUCACGUACCACACGCUCUCGUCUUCAUUCCAAGACGCCGGGCCCCACGAAGAGAUGGAAUGCGCCGAAAGGAGGAAGAAGGAUAGAGAAGGGAUCUCGCUCCCUCCAUUUGGCCUGGCCACCUAUAAGAUGCAGGGGAGGGUGUGGGUCUCGGGAGGUGACGGCAGGGAUCUCGAUCGAUUGCUGUCGCUGUUCAGUGCCGCAGAUUCGUGGCUAAAGCAGCUCGGGGUGCAACACCACGACUUCAAUUACUUUAUGGGGAUUCGCCAUGGCUGAGCAGAGUGGGUCUUGCAUCCGUUCGUAAUUUCCUGACGCUCAUGGCGCGAACGCAGAAAAAUGUUAAAAAAAGAAUAGAAAAAAAAUGAAGUGUUUCCAUCUCCGUUGGAAUCCCGUGUGAGAGGACCUUUAUGGUGGACGGCUGGAUCUUGUUUGGAGCAUGACUGGUGAUGGUGAUGGUCCCAUUCUCCCAUUCCUACCUCCUUGCUUGGCGGCACCGCAUUGCUGAGUUGCAUUCUAGCUUAGCGGAAGUUAAGAAAGGAAUAAUUUGGAACUUAGGGAGUUUCAUUCGCAUUUUUAUCUCCCGUUUGCUCUUCGUUCGAGGAAUGCAGCGAUACUGGAGAACGAGAAAAAGGGGCAAAUUGGGAUUUCAAAUUGUAAGAUACAACUCUUUUUGCUGUCCCGUUUCCUAUUGUGCGGAGCAUGUCAAGGAGAUGCUAUUUUUUUGGCUAAAGAAAUCUGGUUAUUAAUGUAUUGUGUUUAAAGCAUUUAUUUUGUGCUUUAGGCGGUUACCUUACUGGUGUGGUGAAGAUGUUUCGGUUAAAAAAUAAUUUAGAAAUUUACAAGCUCGAAUUUAAUGCA